AUGUGUUCAUCUAUGUGCUUUUGCCCGACGUGCCCAUCAAUAUUGCCGUGUGGCAAUGGCCCCUGUCGGUUUAAUUGUCCUCCACCGCCUCCCUGCUGUCAGCCUUGUUGUCCACCUCCUGUCCCUUGCACUCCCUGUCCGGCUUGUACAUGCAAUCCAACAUUCAGACAAUGUCCGGCGCCAGUCAUUCCUGAUUAUGUGCCUCCCAUAAUACCCAUGUUACCUUGCUGCAAGCCACGCCGAGAGCCACCGCGUGACCCACCACCUUAUCCGCCACCAAAACCUGUCUGUUGCCCACCAAUAUUACCCUGUUGUCCUCCUCCUGAACCUUGUGAUCCACCGCCAGUAAUUCCGUGUGUAGAACCCAUAAGGUGUUACCAGCCAGUUCUGCCCUGCUGCAAUCCGCAGUGCCCUACACCAAUUCUUCCAAAGCAGCGCCCCAUUUGUCCCAGAGCACCUCCCUGCCCCUAUCCAUGUCUACCAGUUUGCCGGAGCUCUUGUGAAGAUUGUGAAAUAGACCCAGUUACGAGACGAAGACCGCUUAUCGUCCAUGAUAGCGUUUUCGCAAAAAGGCCAACGGCUUUCCCGAAGGACUGCCAGCAGCGCAAAAACCCCAAUGUUCGGUAUUCAGUCAAUAAUUGGAUGAAACAGGGUCCAACGCCUAACCUAUGCUAUCAUGUUCCGGUUCCAUUGGUUUAA